GUAACACUCGAGCAUUCUUCUCUUCACUCAUGCAAGAUAGGCUUUCAAAAAAGGAAAAAAGAAAAAGAUACAAGAAACCUCGGAAGCAGUCUUGUCCUUGUCAGACCUUGCCAUGAGGAUUUUACUCUGAACCAAGAUCGCUUGAAGCAAUUAUUACCACCUCCCAUCCCGAAGCCCUCGAACAAACUCUCCCGGAAAUACCUCGCUCGACAACUACUACUCUUACCACUCCGUAUACAGAACAUAUAUAUUAUCUAGAUCCCUACAAUCUCCUCGGCGAGGGGCGUCUUGUCUCCUUCACCUACCACCACUACCCGUCCUCACAACGCUCGCUGUCUCUUCUGCCUCCCCCGCCCGACAUGUCGACCCACGCAACUCUAAUCAAACCACCCAAGUCCCUCCCUCACCACUCCCCGAUCGAAAACGUCCUCCAACUCCUCCCGCUCGUCGACAUUGGGCCGGACAUCUUUACAAACGCGCGACCGCUGUGGCACCCUCCGGGGGCGCGAGGCAUCUACGGCGGGGCGGCCAUCGCGCAGUGCCUCUCGGCGGCGCAGGCGACCAUCCCGUCCGACUUCACGGUCCACAGCAUGCACUGUUACUUUGUCCUGGCGGGCAACUCGGAGAUCCCCAUCCUGUACCACGUCGAGCGGGUCCGCGACGGCAAGUCCUUCAUCACGCGGACCGUCCAGGCGAGGCAGAGGGGCAAGUGCAUCUUCACGACCACCCUGUCGUUCAUGAAGGAGAACAGCGGGGGUCGGGAGAGGGUGGAACACGCCGUGUCGAUGCCGGAAGGGUUCACACCGCCGCCGACUUCAAAGGUCACCAUGUCGUCGUCGUCGUCGGCCGACGAGAACAACAACAACAAUGUCGACGACAGGCCUUUUGAGAGCGUGAGGUGUAAAGUGACGACACGAGGGUGUCCCAGCGGUCGGAAACUGCGACAGUGGAUCCGGGCCGUGGGCAGGAUCUCCGACUGCCCUCCCAACGUGCGAGAGGAGGAGACGGCGACGGGACUGCGAGCCAACUCCCCCGGGGACAACCACCAGGCCCACCUGUCGGCCCUGGCCUACAUGAGCGAUUCCUACUUCAUCGGCACCGUCGCCCGCGUCCACAACCUCAUGCGGUUCGCCAACCGGAGGAACAUCGAGCGCACCCUCAAGACUUUCACCGGCAGUGAGGCCGAACGGGCCCAGAUGAAGACCUACCUCGAACAAAUCGCCAAGGAGGAAGAGGAGGAGAACGAUGAAACCUCCGGUGGCGAUGGCGGUGGUGACGCUCCGGCGACGAAUGACACCCGACGCAUAGGUAUGAUGGUCAGCCUCGACCACACCAUUUACUUCCACAACCCCAGAGCUUUCAGGGCCGACGAGUGGAUGUUGACCGAGAUGGAGAGUCCCUGGGCCGGCGACGGGAGGGGUGUCGUUCUGCAGCGCAUCUGGAGCAAAGACGGUACGUUGAUCGCCACGUGCACGCAAGAAGGUGUGGUGAGGCUGCAACAACAGGAUAAGAACGCCAAGUUAUGAGAGUGAGACAGAGAGCGUACGAGUAGGAGUAGGAGGUAUCACUCUGUCAGCUCUUGUCAAUCAUUUUCCCUCUUUUUUUUUUAAACGUUUUCGGCAUGUGCGUGUUUGUAUAUAUAUUUUCUGCUGCUGCUGGCUGAAUUGCUUCUGAUAUGUCUUUCAUGUGGAAUGUUGCAAGUCCAUGAUCUACCUAGGUACCUCUUUUUGGGGACUAGAUUUACAGUCUUGAUAGAACUUGAGGGGAUAAAUUCCUUUAGUACCGAGUAUUGUGCAUACGCAAUGGUGAUUUACUGUGCCGUACAUAUUGAAGCAGUUGUGAAUCAUCAUAUUGACUUUUAAAA